ACAAGCUUCAUAGGCCCAAACAUCUUUCCCAACAGCGCCACAGAAGAUCACGAGUGACCAGUGGAGAGUGUAAACUUUAAUUUAUUUAGAGUCUGAACACAGAGUAACUGACUGACUGCUGGAUGUUUGGAGAGAAUCAUUUAAUAUGAUGCAAUAAGGAUUAAAUCCAACCAAUCCGAGCUUCCUGGCGCUGUCAAGAUCACAAUGCAGUUACUUUUACUCGCAGCGGCGUUUCUCUUUACGCACGACCUCACCGGAGCUGUGCGCUCUGAUAAGUGCGCCUCCUGGUGCGACGUCAGCUCGUGUCCGAGCCCCAGCUGUCCUGGCGGGUACGUCCCGGACAGAUGUAACUGCUGCCUGGUGUGUUCCCCGCGGGAGGGAGACCCAUGCGGCCGCAAGAACGACCUGCCUUGCGGGGAUGGCCUGGAGUGCAAGCUGCUCGCCGCGGGGAGGCGGCGAGGCUCCAAAGGGGUCUGCCGGUGUAAGAUGGAGCAUGAAGUGUGUGGAAGCGACGGGAAAACGUACGGUAAUGUGUGUAAGAUGAGAGCAGCCAGCCGUAAAGCUCAGCAGAAGGGGAGACCAGCAGUAAGCCAAGCGCACAAAGGACCCUGUCCACCUUCAGGCGCAGGCCCUUCCCUGGUCCAUCCCGGCAGCCCUCGCUACAAGUUCAACUUCAUCGCUGACGUGGUGGAGAAAAUAGCACCUGCUGUUGUCCACAUUGAGCUAUUAGUAAGGCAUCCUCUGUUUGGUCGCCACAUGCGUCUCUCCAGCGGCUCUGGUUUUAUUGUGACCCACUCAGGUGUGAUUGUGACCAACGCUCACGUGGUGACCACAGCUGCCACGGCGGCAGGAAGGCCCCAGCUGCGCGUGCAGCUCCACGACGGCGAUGCGUACGAGGCCACAGUCAGAGAUGUAGACAGGAAGGCAGACAUCGCCACAAUCAAGGUCAAUCCUCAGAAGAAGCUUCCUGUGCUGUCUCUGGGCCGUUCAGCUGACCUGAGACCAGGGGAGUUUGUGGUCGCCAUUGGCAGCCCUUUCGCCCUGCAGAACACCGUCACCACUGGCAUCGUCAGCACCGCUCAGAGGGACGGCAAAGAGCUGGGCAUCAAAGACUCAGACAUUGACUACAUCCAGACCGACGCUAUUAUUAAUUACGGAAACUCUGGAGGGCCUCUUGUUAACUUGGUGAUAGGCAUCAACACUCUGAAGGUGACAGCAGGGAUCUCCUUCGCUAUACCUUCAGACAGAAUCAACCGCUUCCUCACAGAGUCACAGACCAAACACAGCAAAGAAAAGACAAGACUGCAAGGAAGACUUACAGAGGAACCGCAGUCGGAUGCAGAGGUGUCUGAAGUGAAGAGACGCUUUUUAGGCAUCAGGAUGCUUACCGUCACCAAAACUCUAGUGGCGGAGUUGAGACGUCAGAAUCCAGACUUUCCUGAGGUCAGCUGUGGAGUUUUGGUGCACCAAGUCAUACCUGACAGUGCAGCACAAAAUGGAGGUAUUAAGGAAGGUGACGUUAUAGUCAAAAUAAACAGACAACCAGUUCAGACCACUGAAGACAUCCUUGAGGUGUUACAACGUGAUCAGCCUCUCCUGCUCGAGAUUCGUCGAGGCAAUGAUGACUUACUGUUCAAUAUCCACCCUCAAGUUGUUGUACGUUGAAGAACCGGACAGUUCAUUAGUUUUAAGUGUGAACUAAUGUUGGGCAAGACUCUGUAUAUUGCAUUAAAGUUCCAUUUGGCCAUGAGCAACAUCCUACAAGGACUUAUGAACAAGCCAUAUAUGGAAAUAUGAACUGAUCUGAAGUGAUGGAGCGUCUGCAGUUCUAAUUUCUGGUUAAACAAGAAAAGAGCUGUGUUUUCUGUCCAUGUUUACCAGUCUGAUGAUGUAUAUUUUAUUUGAUGGAUUUUGAUCAGCAGAAUAUUUGGGUGUCUUUUAUCAUCCACACUUUGAUACACAUUACAAUACUUAAAAUACUAUAGAGGGAAAUUGAUAGCACUGUA